AUGCCAUCCAACACCAAGACUGAUCACUAUCGUAACCAAAUUUAUCUUGACGAUGAUGAUUUCAUUUACGUUUCAGAUGAAGAGCUUCAACAAGUGAAAUCAUGGGUCACCAAGAAAGGAACUGCAUGGACCAUUAAAAAAGGAAUUUCCAAGAUGAUUGGCAUGCCUUCUUGGAUUCUGACAGCCAUUGAGAAAAUGGGACAAGUCCAGGGCUAUGUUUCGAACAAGAUGAGAGAGAAGAGUAUCAAACAAACGAAUCAAUGGGUUCAACAAGGAAAGAUGAGUGAAGAUGAGGCCUAUGAUUAUGUUCUCGAUAAGGAUUUGGAUUAUUACUAA